AUGAACACCGUGCGUCCUUCUCAAUCCAAGAGCCCAAAAAUCACGUCGUACACAGGCGAAGGCGAUCCAUUCCAGCACAUUGAUAACUUCAAGAAAGUCACUGCCAGUAGAGAAUUCGACGACGCCGCCUUGUGCCACCUGUUCAGCGAAACACUAGAUGGGGAUGCCAUGAAUUGGUUCUUCGAACAACCGGCGAACUCUAUGGAUUCUUUCGCGCAGUUGACCACAACAUUUCUUAAUCGGUUUAUCCUCAUAGCCGGAGCCGCCCACACAACUGAUGGCCUAUUUCAAGUAAAACAAGAGAGCAGGGAAACAUUGGGCACCUUCGUCAUGCGAUGGCAGACAGCAGCAUCCAAAUGUCGAAACCCAAACAAAACGCUCGCCUUGACCGCUUUUAAGGAAGGACUACGGUCAGAGAACUUCUUGUUCCAUAUCAAUGGGGACCCUCGAAUGCGCGGCGCCACAUAUGAUGAUAUCAUGACUGAAGCAGUACGAUACGCUCAGGCAGAAUACGUCACAUACGGGGAGAAGCGAACCCCAGUACCAUCAGACAAAACUACUACGCCACAGACAUCUGUACACACAAUCCCCCUCCAGCGUGAGCUCUUCCCUAACACAGAAGACAAUAGCAAAGGCAUGAAAAGAGAGUGGCAUCAGGCAAAUUACCGUGUCGCGCGCAACAACGAUCGACACAGGGGCCGGGACAAGAACACGAGACUUGGCCAUGAACGUCGCGACAACAGAGACCCUCGCCAAGUUAACGCGAUGGGACGCCGUAGGGACCACACACCGCCUAGGGAAGAGACCCUGGAAGACUUUUUCCACAAGCAUCAGGGUACGCUGAGGAAACCAGCAAGACCACUACGCCCCCAAACCGAAGCAGAAACUGGCAAGUGGUGCAGAUUUCAUGAAAAUGGAAGUCAUAACACGAAUGAUUGCCGCACCCUCCGCAUACUAAGAGCCAAUGGCGAUACGGGGGUUCACCCGGCGCAGCAAAGGGUACAGCAGAACGUAGUCGCCGUAGUUGAGAACCUGCGCCGCAUCAACGUCAUAGAGGGAGGAGCCCCGAAGACAAACAUGUCUAACCGAGCAAAAAAGCGCUUUGACCGCAGCAAUCACCCAAGGCAGGUGUAG